AUGAUGGGUACUGUAAGCCCUGUUGGGCUGACCGUAUUGAGUGACCCACAAGAUGUGGCAGCAGAUCGCAAGCGACAAGAGGAGGCUGCAAGUUCAGCGACACAGAAUGAGGAAAUCGGAGCAACAAGCGGCGUAUUCUGGCCGGGAGAUCUGCUCAAGGAGGACCUUCCUCAGGCUAGGAUAAUGACUUUUGGUUAUAACACAAACGUUCAACAAGGAUAUCAUGCGGUCAACCAGGGUAAUAUCUUCUCUCAUGCCAGAAACCUCUUGUAUGAGCUAGAAGCAAAGAGACGAAAGGCGCCAGAUCGUCGUCUGAUUUUCGUCGCCCAUUCGCUGGGAGGAAUCCUAGUGAAGGAGGCUCUGAGACGAUCUGAACAUGACCCUGAUGAAGCUAUACGGAAAAUCUACAGCUCGACUAUUGGAAUUUUCUUCUUUGGAACGCCACAUCGCGGUAGUAGGGAAUGGGCAUCCUUAGGGGAAGGGGUUGCGCGUGUUGCAGGCUGUCUUUUGGGAAUGGAUGUGAACUCUGAGGUCGUACAUGCACUAUUGCCGACCGGACCCGAGCUUGAACUCUGCCGCGAGUCCUUCGCUGUGCAAUGGGAGCAGCGGAGAGCUGCUCUCGCUGUCCGUACUUUCCAGGAAUCCAAGGGAAUUUCUGGUAUUCGAUGGGGGGGGCCUGAAUCAACUUGUGCUGGGAGAAGCGACAAAGGCUACGAGAUGGUGAAAGAUGAUCUUGAGGAGCUCAUGACCAAGGCUAUAGAUAUGGAGCUGACACCGAGCAUUGAAACAACGAAGGACAGCCGUGAGUGUCUACAAAUUCUACGAACUUCAGACUACGAGCAAUACAAAGACCGAAAUCCCGACAGGCUUGAUGAGACUUGCGAGUGGUUUUUACACCACGAAAACUUUCACCAUUGGCAUAAAAGCGACUCUUCGACUCUACUUUGGGUUUCUGCAGACCCAGGAUGUGGAAAAUCGGUUCUGGCCAAGUAUCUGGUUGAUCAUGAAACAGAACUAAAACCCACCGAAUCCCGCGCUGUUUGCUAUUUCUUUUUCAAGGAUGAUAAUGAAGAUCAGACCAGCGUUACUACGGCGUUGUCAGCCCUUCUGCAUCAACUAUUCUCGCAGCGAAACUCGCUCAUUCAACACGCUAUCAAGGAUUACAGGGCAGAGGGCAAUAAGCUCCCUCAGCUUUUCCAAAAGCUCUGGAAUAUCCUCCUCAAGGCGGCCUCUGACCCGAAGGCUGGAGAGAUUGUCUGCAUCCUGGACGGACUGGAUGAAUGCGCAGAGAAAGGGCGAUACCAGAUCAUCGACCUACUCAGCACGUUCUACAAGCAAGCAAUUUCCGAGGAGAGCAGUUCACGCCUUAAGUUUCUUGUCACCAGCCGUCCUUACUACGACAUACAACGACGAUUUGCAGAUCUCACGCAUAACUUCCCAACAAUCCGACUAGCUGGGGAGCAAGAAUCAGAAGCCAUUGGCCGUGAGAUAGACAAAGUGAUCAAAUGGAAGUUGUCGAAGUUAGCCUUGGAGCUAAAACUCAAUGCCACGGAGCAAGGCACUCUUGAAACCGAGCUUAUGUCCAUGACACAUCGCACGUAUCUCUGGGCAACACUUGUGUUCGACAUACUUUACAGAACAAUCCGCCCCACAAGCAGGAAGCUGAAAGAUAUCGUCAGAUCUCUUCCACCGACAGUCGACAAGGCAUAUGAAGCAAUUCUUUCCAGAAUAGAUGAUGCAGAAAUACUACAGGCGCGGAAGCUGCUGUCCAUUGUGGUUGCAUCUAGCAGGCCGCUCACUCUGCAAGAGCUAAAUGCUGCUCUCACGGUGGAACUCCAACACAAGUCAUACGAGGACCUCAGAGCUGAUCUUGAUGACGAGGAAAGAUUUGAGUCUACAGUACGAGACAUGUGCGGUCUUUUUGUUACUAUUCUGGAUCAAAGGAUAUACUUGAUUCACCAGACAGCAAAAGAGUUCCUCGUUGGAAGAGAGGAUGUGCUUGAUGGGUGGAAGCAUUCUCUACACCCCGUGCAGUCAGAGCUAAUUUUGGCAACGAGCUGCAUUGUUCCGCUCACGUUCUCGGAUUUCGAUGACUACGGGAUGCCGGAUGAGGUCAGCCUCAGGGAAUUACUUUCGAAUUUUGAAUUUCUUGGAUAUGCUGCGGUGUUUUGGAUGGCCCAUUUCCGGGAAGCUCAAAAGCAAGCGACAGAGGAGUUGUUGCAGCUGGUGCUGCAAAUCUGCAAUACUUCAUCGCGAAGAUUCAAGACAUGGUCUCGUCUCUACGCGAUGGCCGAUCCAUCCACUGCGAUCCGCAGGUUUACAAAUACUAUGAUCGUGGCAUCUUAUCUUGGACAUGACACUAUAGUCAAUCAGCUUCUGAAUGAAAGUGAACCUGAUAUUGACUCAAAGGACCUUGAUCAUGGUCGGACACCAAUUGCCUGGGCCGCCCAACAGGGUCAUAUGUCUGUAGUAAGGUUGUUGAUUGGGACUGGGAGAGCUGACGUCAAUUCGAAAGAUAAUGAAAAGCAAACUCCACUAUGGCUGGCUUGCAAUACAUGCCGAGAGGAGAUCGCUUUGUUCCUCCUCGAACAUGGAGCCGACCCCAUGGAUAAGACUGCUCGACCACGGUCCCCACUCCUUGAAUCUGCCUUGCAGGGUUUGCCUAAAGUGGUUGACCACAUUUUGCGAUCUCUUUCAGAUGGGGCACUACAGGGCAUCAUCGAGCAUUACGACACUGAUGGAAAGUCAAUACUCAACCUAGCCCUCCUCGGCGACAAUGGAUCCCAGUAUGCAAUAGUCAAACUGGUAAUUGAUGCGCUAGGCCGGUUUCCAGACCAGAGGCGCAAAUUACUAUACCACCAGGAUCAUUCUCACUGCAGCGCCCUCUUCCAUGCAGCUCUUAGAAACCACCCAGAGACUGUGAAACUACUAGCCCAAGUUGAGAAGGGGCUCCUGACCCAGAGGGGCUACUUUGACUGGAGGGAUACUCCUCUACAUGUCGCCACCCAUUGGCAGAGCCUUAACGCUGUAAAAGCCCUCAUGAAUGCCGGUGCAGACCCAAAUAUACAACAACGCACCGGGCAUACGCCUCUUCACAUUGCCUCUCAUAGGACAGACGGACCUGAUGGCGCACAGAUUCUAAAGAUUUUACUUGGGCGCGCGGAUCCCUUGAUAUUAGGCAAUAUGGGCGAGAAUAUCAUUCACCUUGUUCUUGACUGGGAUAGGGCGGUGCACUUUCAAAUUAUCGCAGACCAGAUAUCCUAUUCUGAUCUUCGUCAACUCUUGACCUCGAAGAACAAGGACGGUAAUAUACCACUCUUGCACGCUGCAGCGAGACUUAGCAAUGCGGAUCAUGAUUAUGCAUCCCGCUCUAAGACUUUCAAGGCCGUCUGCGAGGCAAUGGUGAAAGUCGUGUCACAUACAGAUGCAGAUGGCAUCCUGAACUUGGUUACGGAAGGAGAGCGACCUAACGUUCUCCUUCGAUUCAUCGAAACCGGCUCUGCUGAUCUUAUGGCUGAGAUAGUACCAAAAAUAGCGGCAUUCGACCAUUCAUUCCUUGAACCGACAGAUAUAAAUGGCCAAACUUUGCUUAUCAAGGCAGUCGACAGACGGCUGCUGCAAACAAUACAGCUCUUAAUUGAGAGUUCAAUCAACGUCAACUCCCAAGACAAGCUCGGAAAGACAGCACUCCACUACGCCGCGGAGCGCGAUAUGCCAGAAAUCGCCGAGCUCCUCGUUCGCGCAGAUGCCGACUUGACCAUAAAAGACAACUAUGGCCGUAUACCUGUCGAUUGGUGCUCCAGCCGCAACAGUUGUAUCUCAAUUGUGCAGCCGACUAAUGGCUCUACUAUACCGCCCAGCCCGGUAGCAACCAUCACUCCAAGCACUCGCUCAAGCCGGAGUUCAUGGUCCAUUACACUCGGUGCAGAGCUGAACUCAUGCCACUGGAACCUCCACGGAGAUACAGCCUGGUACUCUAACUCUGUGCCCAAGGUCGUGCGCGAAGACAGGUACUUGAUCAGCGAGAUAAUCCCCGAUACUAUCAAGCUCCCUGUACCACGACUCCAUGUGGUGAUUGAAGGGCGCGACCAGGGAUGGAGCGAUGACCGCUGGUUUUCGGAUCGACCGGAAGGCUCAUUUACGAGUGACAGCUGGUUCGAACUUGCUAUACUGCGGGACGGUGAGCUUGUCCUGCGUCGAGAGUGGGCACGGAACAAGCACCGCUCGAAAACAACACAUCGGUUUGAAUGUACCUGGUAUGCGGACAGUCAGCGGAACCGCGAGCAUCUUGACUUUGGUGGACGUAGGGCUGUCAGUGCAGAUGAUCAAGGGGAGUUUAUGCGCAGGCUGACUGUUGGAGAUCAAGUGGUGGUUUUGGCUUCGGCUGGCGGUGGUGGCUGGAUGAAUAUUGUGAAAAGUGCUUCGAUUGAGAUAUUCUUUGAAGACUGA